AUGAAUACUUUUGGCUUGAUACAAAUUGGCCUCAUACUGUUGUGCACUACCACCAUCUCCAGUCUUCAGUGUAAUCACCUUCCUUUACAGCAAAGAAAAGUGAUUGAGAACAGCCUGCAGCUUUUGGACAAAAUGGGCGAAAAGUUUCCUCAACAAUGUCUAAGAGAGAAAAUCUCAUUCAGAUUUCCUGAGCAGGUUUUAAAGCCCAGACAGAAAGAGACUGUCAAAGUGGCCAUUGAAGAGAUCUUCCAACACAUCUUCUAUAUCUUUAGCAAAAAUCUGACUUUAGCUGCAUGGAAUGGGACAGCUUUAGAACAACUCCAAAAUGUACUUUAUCAGCAAAUUGAGCAAUUGGAGGCAUGUGUAAUCAAGAAGCAGAUCCACUACUUUCGGAGUAAAGAAGUCAACAGGCUGAAACUGAAAAAGUACUUCCAAAAAAUAGACUGUUUUCUUAAAGAUAAACAACACAACCUGUGCUCCUGGGAGGUAAGCCGUGCAGAAAUGAGAAGAUGUCUUCAAUUUAUUGAUAAAGUCAUAAGGAAGCUUAACAACUAA